GAACGAUUCAUUCGCGAAUCUGACUGACACCAGUAUCUGAGGAAGCAGCUGCACCGGUGGUGGUGGUGUGUGUCCGUGUUGUGUAUUCAGCUGUCGCUCGCGCGUGUGUGUGUGUUUGUGUGAGUGAGUGUGUGUUUGUUUUUUACCGAUGGAGUCGAGCAGUGUGGCGUACGGAGCCUCUCUCGCCGGAGCGGGAUUCGAUCUCAUCAAAUUCAUCAAACAGCCUCAAACUAUCAUACGACUCCUCAGCUGGGUUUUUGCCAUUGUGGUGUUCGCCUCCAUAACCGCUGAAGGUUACGUGAACGGGGCAAAUGAUGCCCAGACGAAGUGUGUCUUCAACGGGAACGACGGGGCCUGUCAUUACGCGGUGGGAAUCGGCAUCAUCGCCUUCCUGGCUUGCGUAGCCUUCCUACUGGCUGAUGCUUACCUGCCUUUGAUGAGCAAUGCUCAGGAGCGGAAGUACGUCGUGAUGGCUGAUCUGGGCUUCUCAGGCUCCUGGACCUUCCUGUGGUUUGUGUGUUUCUGUCUCAUGGCCGAUCAGUGGUCAAAGACCCACAACACCAGCGGCAUCCCCACAGACGGUGUCCACGCCGUCAUCGCCUUCUCCUUCUUCUCCAUCGCAUCCUGGGGAGCGUUGACUUACUUCGCUCUGGUGAGGUUUCGUCAGGGCAUUGCAGACGUGACCCACAACUAUGCCGAUCCGCCCAUCGACCACACGUCACCCUACGCUCCGCCCACAUACCCCUCCUUCCAGGACGCCGGGUCAGACGUCUACCAGCAGCCGCCCUUCAUACCGAACCCCGACCCGUCCGGCCAGAGCAGCUACCAGCCGCCCGUCUACUGACAAACCACACCCACAGGGAAGGGAAACACGACACCCGGGUCACGUGAUGCCGCGGGAUGUGGGAGGAGCCUCGACAGGCAGCCAAUAGGAGUCUGACUGUGCUUUUACAGUGUGCCCAUAAAUGUGUAAAUAUUCAAGUGUUUUCUUCUGUCUGAUGAGUUCAGAUUCGCACCGAUGAGCUGGAAUAAAGCGAAAGCCGAUCUGUCGCUCACACUCCUGGAGUCACAGCAGUGUUUUUGUGUUGUUCCCGAGGAGGAAUGUGGCGGAUGGUCAGACAGAAACAAAAAGAGCCCUUUUUCUAAUCAUGUUAGUGCGUGAAGAGCUGGACUGCUCAUUACAUCAUGUGAUUCACUGGAGAGUUUUCUCAUUUCAUUGGAGACGAAUUGAAGCGGUUUUGUGCUGUAAAUUCAUGUGUGAUGCUUUUAUCUGCUUCCAGAUCUGAUUCAGUGUGAAAAACUGAUUCUCCAGGGAAUAAGUCCAGUCUUCUGAUGCACAUAAACACUGUGGUGCUGAUCUCUCUGGUGCUGUUUCAUCUGUAGAAGCUUGUUUUCGCUACAGAAUUAAAAAAUUAAAAGUGCAAUCUCACAAUUCUGACUGUUUUUUCUCUGAAUUAUACACUAGGGUUCAAAAGUUUGGGGUCGGUAAAUGUAAAUCAGCUGUUUUCUAUGUGAAUAUAUAGUAAAGUGUAAUUUAUUCCUCUGAAUUUUCAGCAUCAUUACUCCAGUCUUCAGUGUCACAUGAUCCUUCAGAAAUCAUUCUAAUAUGAUGAUUUGCUGCUCAAGAAACAUUUAUGAUUAUUAUCAAUGUUGAAAACGGUUUCAUAUUUUUAUUUAAACUGUGAUUUAUUUUUCAGGAUUCUUUGAUGAAUAGAAAGUUCAAAAGAACAGCAUUUAUUUGAAAUAGAAUCUUUUGCAACAUUAUAAAUGUCUUUACUGACACUUUUGAUCAAUUUAAUGCAUCCUUGAUGAAUAAAAGUACUAAUUUCUUUCCCAAACUUUUGAACAGUAGAAAGCUGUGAUUGUGAAAAUAUAUACUUUUAUUCCGUGGCGAAAACAAGCUUCCAUACUGUAUAUUAACAUUUACUUGGAAAAAACAUUCAUACAUCAGUACUGUUUUUGAAUAAUUUCAGAAAUUAACAUUUGAUUUGAUUUUUUUUUGCAUGCAAUUCACUUCCUUUUAGUGCUUGAAAGUUUUAGCAUUUACAUUUUGUAUAUUUUCGGGUUACAGAUCUGUUACAGUUUUCUCUGAAUAACCAGAUUAUGUUUUUUUAAUUGCACAUAAAAACGAACACAAACACUGGUGUGUAUCCUAAAUUAAAACAAAUGAGUCUGAUUA